AGAAUAGGAGCGCGAAAACUGGGCCCUCACGACGAAGUCGUCGCAGAAAAAAAGAACCCCCCCCCCCAGUAUGAAAGGACAGCCCGCUCGCCUAUAUUUUUAUAUAUAAAUAUAUUACAUUUACAAGGGGAAGGAGAAGGGUAAAGGAGCUCGGGGAGAAAGAAGGGAGUACGCGCUCUCGGCGCACAUUAAAGUGUGCGCGCGCCCGUCGCCAACCUUUCUCUUCGGCAUGGCGGAGUAAGCGGCGAUGCCGAACGACGGCGCUCGGCUUUCCCUUGUGCUUUUAUUUGUUCCCUAUCGUCGGGCGGCGGGAGCGGUGGCGGCGGCGGCUGGCACUUCUUACUCCAGCCCCACUGGGAAGUCCGACUCUCACUCCUGCGCACAGACCAAGAGUGUGCCCGCCCGCCCGUCUGACCCCCCUUCUCCUCCCGCGACCAUCCCAGCAGCGCCAGCGGCACCGCAACAGGAUCCAGCCGGAUGGGAAGGGAGGGGGGAGACGCGCGCGCACGCACGCUCGCUCGCUCUCCUCGACACCGCCCCCCUCCCCGCUCCGAGGCGCGCGCGUCCCUAUUGGACGAGCCCACUUCGCGCGCCCUCUUUUUAAAUCAAAACAGUCCGUCCCACCCAUGAGGAGAGACCCGUCGACUUCAAUGCGCUGAGGCGGAGGCGGGCUGCUCCCCUCCAUCUGGGCGGGUUUGAUAGGCUGUCUCGGCAAGAGGGUGACAGUAACUGUGACAUGUGCGCGCAUGCGCACACAUAACAGGAGGCGUGAGCUCAGCGACCGCGGUUGUUAUUACGAAAAAAAAUAUCCAGCGAGGCACAAACCACGGGGCGGGGGUGGUGGGGGUGAAGAGGGAGGAUGUGCGCUUGCGCAGUUUGAGAAGCGGCCGCGAGCCCGAGCCUUUUCUGUAGUGUUCCUUCUCCCCCUCCCCCACCCCGUUAUUCUUCUCUGGCAGAGGCGGGAGACUGGCAGCCGCUUUUCUCCGUCUUCCUCGCGUGUCUCUACUCCUUUCCCUUCCCUCUGCCCCCCCCCGCCACGUCCAGUCCGGCCUGAGACAUGAACGAGGAGGUUCUAGUGGAGACGGGAGAUGUGACGGGUGACGGCGCCUGGUUCCUCGUGUUGAGCUCCGUGUUCUUGUGUAACCUCCUCAAAAUCCUCCUGCCCUCUUGCUCCUCCAUUGUAAGUGACGUCAGCCCGCCGGGUUCCCAUAGCGACGGCGCCCCGAUCCGCCUCCCUCGCUCUGCCUGGGUGGGGAGGGCAGCCGCCUUCCAGCUGGGGCCCGAGUUCAGGGGAGGGCCGAAUGGUCGGCCGGGGCGGGUCGAGCGGAGCGUCUCCCAGCCCAGCCGCCGACAUCGCUAGGGACGGCCUGAUCUUUAUCGCCCAUUUUUCCUCGGGAGUCUCCCUGUGGGCCUAGUGCACACUGAGCUUUACUCUGAGUAGACCCAUUGAAAUUAAUGAGCAUGUCUUAAGUUAGGCCAAUUAAUUUCUAUAGGUUAUUUUGAGGAAACGUCAAUGCCACCCUAAGUCAUUUUCGUUAUCGCAAGUACGGAAGCAGCGAGGUCACUCUGGAUUAGCAGGCAGGCGAUCCAGGUGAUGGAUGUGGCUGUUCUGUUGUUUUAUUUAAAAAAAUAAGAGGUCAGAUGAUCAUCUUGUCGGAGCCAUUUACAUUGAUUGCACUUGGAGGCAUUCAGGGCAGAGAGUAUAUGGAAUAAAACGGCCUUAUGGAUGGAAGCUGUAUUUCAAGCUGCCUUGUUUGAUUCCUAGUCUGGGGAAAAGGUGGGAUAUAAAUAAAUAUAAUAACAACAGAACAUUCUUUGGCUGUGAGGUUCAGAUUUGGAGUCAGCGGAAAAAGUAUGCAGCAGGCAUGUCUUUCAAAUGGAAAUAGCUUGCCACCUUCCUAGCUAUUUGGUGAAUUUUGCUUUUCUCCAAAUUGUAGAGCCAGCACAGCCAUUAGGCAGGGUGAACCCAACCCCCCAAACUCCCCCGUGCCCUGCUUUUUCUGCCAUUGGUGCAGAAGCACCACCAAUUUUGGGCAAGAUUCCAUCCAUUUGGGGUGAAUCUCACCCAGAAUUGGUGCAAUCUUGCCUGAAAUUGGCGCCUCGCAGCAGCACAGCAGGCAAUAUCUGGCAGCAGCAGGUAUGGUAGCAGCAGGGCGGUACUUCCCAUUUGGCCUCAAGCAGUGAAACAGGACACACUGCCCCUGCCAAAUUGCAACAGAAUUCUCAGCAGUUUAAAUAUAUGCAUGCUUUGAGAGAAAAUACCCAUAAUUUAACAUAGUAUUGAAACACUUAUUUUAAAAGAGGAUCAAUGUAAAAAAUGGAACAGAAUUAUGGAACAGAAACAAUCAAAAGUGGCAGACUAGAAAUCGAUGCACCCAUCCCUUGGUAGGGGUGUAUUAUUAUUAUUUUUUAAAAGGUAGCUCCAUUCAUCUUUAGGUUCAGAGUUUGAGAACACAGCCUUUAGCUUUUGUGCGUUUGGACACUCUGGUCCAAGCAUGAUAUAUUGAAGAGUUGGGAAGGAGGUAGACUCCUAACAAAGGUCUUUCUAGGAAAUUAUUCAUUGCUUUUCAUUUAAAAUUCCGAUAAACUUACAAAUAGGGACAUACCUAGUAGUUGGUUAGGUUGGCCCCCAUCAAGGGCACAAACCCUGCAGGAAGGGCACAAAAAUCACACCUCUCCUUUCUGCCUUACAGUGGCUAGGAGUCCAUCUGCCCGCACACUAUUAGAAGCGUUCACUGGCGGAGCAUGAAAGAAAACCUUUUUGAGUUUCUGUUCCAUGAGGGCAGGGUGGGGGGAAAGGGGUGCCAAUGUAACUCCUAGUCAAGGGUGCAAGGCAGCCUAGGAUGCCUCUGCUUACAAAACAUUGAACUUAAAUAACUUGGGGCACACUUCAAAGUGUACUUGGAUCAAGCUAUUUAGGAGAGGGACUAAAAGACUGCUUAGAGAGAAGUAAGUAGUAACUAUGUUUUAGAACAAAUAAAUUCAUUUUCUUUUUUAAAAAAGAGGAAAGUGAUGAAUCAACAGGUGUUUGGACAUCUUUCUCUUUGUCAGAUAUCUAGAUUGCUACAAAAGGAUGCUGAGCAGGAAUCACAAAUGAGAUCUGAAAUUCAGAACAUGAAGCAAGAACUUUCUACCAUUAGUAUGAUGGAUGAAUUUGCUAGAUAUGCCCGACUGGAAAGGAAGAUUAACAAAAUGACUGAUAAACUUAAGACUCAUGGUAAAUACUUGCUACUUAUAUUUGCAUCAUUAGCCUAACUUUCACUUCUGUUUAAUUUUUUUAGAUUGUUUGUACUGUUCUCAGUAUUUUAAAAAACAUGUUUUUUAAAAAACAUGCAUAAUAUAAAACAUGACUAUAUUAAAUACCUCCUUCAUGGAUCACUGCCUUGUCAUGGCAAAGGGGCUUGAAUAACUCUGAGAAGCUAUGAGCCGUGCUGUGCAGGGCCACCCAAGACGGACAGGUCAUAGUGGAGAGUUUUGACUAAACGUGAUCCACCGGGAGCAGGAACCGGUAAGCCACUCCAGUAUCCCUGCCAAGAAAACUUCAUGGACAAAAACAACAGGCAUAUAAAAUGAGCUCCUCAGGUCAGAAGGUGUCCAACAUGCUACUGAGGAAGAGUGGAGGACAAGUACAAGUAGAUUCAGAGCUGAUGAAGCGGCUGGGCCAAAGCCAAAAGGUUGCUCAGUUGUGGAUGUGCCUGGAAGUGAAAGGAAAGUCCAAUGCUGUAAAGAAAAAUAUUGCAUGGGAACCUGGAAUGUAAAAUCCAUGUACAAAGGUAAGCUAGUGGUCAAAAAUGAGAUGGCAAGAAUAAAUAUUGACAUCCUGGGCAUCAGUGAACUAAAAUGGGUGGGAAUGGGCGAAUUCAGUUCGGAUGAUCAUAUCAACUACUGUGGGCAAGACUCCCAUAGAAGAAAUGGAGUGGCCUUCAUAGUCAACAAAAGAGUGUCAAAAGCUGUACUGGGAUGCAGUCUCAAAAAUGAUAGAAUGAUCUUGAUACGAAUCCAAGGCAGACCUUUUAACAUCACAGUAAUCCCAAGUUUAUGCACCAGCUACCGGUGCUGAAGAAACUGAAAUUGACCAUUUCUAUGAAGACUUACAACACCUUCUAGAAAUGACACCAAAGAAGGAUGUUCUUCUCAUUAUAGGGGAUUGGAAUGCUAAAGUAGGGAGUCAGAUAAAAGGAACAACUGGCAAGUUUGGCCUUGGAGUUCAAAAUGAAGCAGGGCAAAGGCUAACAGAAUUCUGUCAAGAUAAAAAGCUGGUCAUCACAAACUGUGUCGACCACAGCAAAGUAUGGCAAGUUCUUAAAUAGAUGGGAGUGCCUAAUCACCUCAUCUGUCUCCUGGGAAAUCUCUAUGUGGGACAAGAAGCUACAGUUAGAACUGGAUAUGGAACAACUGAUUGAUUCAAAAUUGGGAAAGGAGUACGACAAGGCUGUAUAUUGUUUCCCUGCUUAUUUAACUUACAUGCAGAAUUCAUCAUGCGAAAGGCUGGACUGGAUGAAUCCCAAACCGGAAUUAAGAUUGCUGGAAGAAAUAUCAACAACCUCAGAUAUGCAGAUGACACAACUUUGAUGGCAAAAAGUGAGGAGGAAUUAAAGAACCUCUUAAUGAGGGUGAAAGGGGAGAGCGCAAAAUAUGGUCUGAAGCUCCACAUAAAAAAAAAAACCUAAGAUCAUAGCCACUGGUUCUAUCACCUGGCAAAUAGAAGGGGAAUAAAAGGAGGCAGUGAGAAAUUUUACCGUAUUUUUCGCUCUGUAGGACGCACCGGACCAUAGGAGGGGGAGAACAGGAAAAUAAUUUUUCUUCUUGUUCUCCCCCUCUAAAACAAGGUGCGUUCAAGGGGAGUUCCCGCUGUGCUCUGGAGGCUUCAGGCGGCUACCUUGGAAGCCUGGAGAGCGAGAGGGGUUGGUGCGCACUGACCCCUCUCGCUCUCCAGGCUUCAGUGAAGGCAACCCGAAGCCUCUGGAGUGCAGCGGGAGUUCCCUCUGGGCUCUGGAGGCUUCAGGUUCCUUUUGACCUGCUCUUUAGGGCUGGCAUUGGGGGGGAAGCACUGCUUUCCCCCACCGCCAGCCUCAAAGAUCCCUGAAGCCUUUGGAGCGCAGUGCAAGUUCCCGCUGUGCUCCAAAGGCUUCAGGCUUCGGGGACAGCCCUUGGAGCCUCCGCAGGACAGCGGGGUGCAGGCACCUUGCUGCCCUGCGGAGGCUUUGCACAGCCAUCCGCAAGCUAGAACAGCGAGACAGAGCGCUCCACAGCGCUCCAUCUCCCUGUUCUGGCUUUGGGCUUGGCUGCGCAGCCUGCAUUCACUCUAUAGGACGCACACACAUUUCCCCUUAAUUUUUGGAGGGGAAAAAGUGCGUCCUAUAGAGCGAAAAAUAUGGUACUUUAUUGGGCUCCAUAAUCACUGCAGAUGGUGACAGCAGUCACAAAAUUAAAAGGCGCCUGCUUCUUGGGAGAAAAGUGAUGACAAACCUAGAUAGCAUCUUAAAAAGCAGAGACAUCACCUUGCUGACAAAGGUCCGUAUAGUUAAAGCUAUGGUUAUCCCAGUAGUGAUGUAUGGAAGUGAAAGCUGAAUCAUAAAGAAGGCUGAUCGCCAAAGAAUUGAUGCUUUUGAAUUAUGGUGCUGGAGGAGACUCUUUGAGAGUCCCAUGGACUGCAAGAAGAUCAAACCAAUCCAUUCUGAAGGAAAUCAGCCCUGAGUGCUCACUGGAAGGACAGAUCCUGAAGCUGAGGCUCCAAUACUUUGGCCACCUCAUGAAAAGAGAAGACUCCCUGGAAAAGACCCUGAUGUUGGGGAAGAUUGAGGGCACAAGGAGAAGGGGACGACAGAGGAUGAGAUGGUUGGACAGUGUUCUCAAAGCUACCAACAUGAGUUUGACCAAACUGCGGGAGGCAGUGGAAGACAGGAGUGUCUGGCGUGCUCUGGUCCAUAUAGGGUCACGAAGAGUUGGACACAACUAAAUGACUAAACAACAACAACAUAUUACCGUAAAUACAGCAAGCUUAGGGAUCUGCUGAUACAUCAGUUUCAAGGCAAUGAUAGUGUUGUGUUAUUAAUAUUUCUAUAUCCGUGUUUUGUGAACUACAAAAUGUUUUUGGAAAAAAGCAAGGAAACAGGUGCCGGAGACUAGUUUUUAUUUUUCGUUUCUACUUAUACACCCAUAGCCUCUAGAAUUUGAAUUUUAAAGAAGCAAGCAUCCUUAAAGUGGAAACAAAAGUUAUUUUUAUCAGUUGAAAGUAAAAUCAUGUCUCCUAUUAAUGUAAAUAAUGCAAAUCAUACUUGUUUCUUUUUACAGUGAAAACACGAACAGCUCAACUAGCCAAAAUAAAGUGGGUAAUAAAUAUUGUAUUCUACAUUUUGCAGGUAAGUAAAAUUGGUUUAUAUAUGGAAGCCUUUCAAAGCUAACCAUGUGAAUGGGCCUUUUUUGCAGUGGCUCUCCCUUUGUGGAAUGCUCUCCCUAGGUGACUUUAUUACAUAUCUUUAGGCUCCAGUCAAAAACGUUUCUCUUCAACCAAGGGUUCAGCUGAUUAACUUUGCAUGACUUUUAAAAUGUGUUUAUGGGAGGGGGGUUAUUGGUCUGUUUUUGUUUGAUUUUGUAUUUGCAUUUUGUACUUUUCUGUUGUGGACUGCCCUGGGAUCUUCAGAUGACAGGUGGUAUACAAAUUUAAUAAAUACUAAAAAUUGAUUAAUAUUCCUUAGCCAUGUGCCAUAAUAUCCAAUGUUUAUAUUCGGAAACAAAUUCCCUGCACAUAUCAAAUCAGGUAUUGUUUCGCAUGAAGAAGCAUUCAGUUAUGUGAUACGCAUGCACACACACUUACUCUCUCUGGUGUGUAUUGUUUUAUAUGAAGGUGCAUUCAGUUAUGUGAUAUGCUCAUAUACGCCAGAGAUGUAUAGUCCAAGCACAGAUUUACCAUCUGAGUGAAAAUUAGGCCAUAGGCAUUCCUUUGCUCUGCCUUUUCAUCUGGCAACCAAUCACAGGAAGCUGUGUCCAGGCCAUGCACUCUGAAUAGUCCAGCAUAGAAAAUGCAGACUUCCCAGCUGUUACAGUGCAAGCCAAGAACUGAUGACUAAUCAAGAAGAGGCUGUGUUCCUCAUAUGGGGCGAGGGCCAGGGUUCUCACUUUGUGUGGCACUGACUUUGAGGUCACAGUACAGUUGUACCUUGGUUCUAGAACGAAAUCUGUUCCAGAAGUCCAUUCAACUUCCAAAAAUGUUCGAAAACCAAGGCGCAGCUUCCGAUUGGCUGCAGGAGCUGCCUGCACUCAGUCAGAAGCUGCGGAAGCCACGUCGGACAUUCAGCUUCCAAAAAACGUUCACAAACCAGAACACUCACUUCUAGAUUUGCGGUGUUAGGAAGCCAAAAUGUUUGAGUCACAGGGUGUUCCAGAACCAAGGUACCAACUGUAGUUGUAUUGAUUUUUUAAACAGUUGGUUAUUUUUAAGGAUAACAUGGGCACCUAGCACUUGCUAGGCAUCAGAAAUGCUGAUUGCGCAGCUAGAUGUAAACAAGAACUCUUUUAUUUUGAGGUUUUCAUGCAUAAUCAUGUAACGAUUGUUUUAAUUCCAGGCUGCCUUAAUGAUCUCACUAAUCUGGAAGUAUUACUCUGAACCAGUUACUGUGCUUCCAAGCAAAUGGCUAGCUCCACUAGAACGUUUAGUAGCUUUUCCAACAGGAGUGGCAGGUAAGCCUAUAUUAUUUUAAUGCUUCUCAAGCUUUUCCAGGAAUUUCAUAUAUCUUUCCUAUCUUAAUAUUAUACAUGAGUUGAUUUUGAAUGCAUUGCCACACCUCUGCCUUCCCAGAUUCCUGAAUAGUUGCAGAAGCUAAUAAUGCUUGGCUCACCAUGUUAAAAUGAAUAAGAGAUGCAGUGAGAGCACUGUUUGUUGUGUAACUCCAUAAUUUACAUUGGAGAAGGAAGAACUUAGUGGAUUAUGCCCAUAGUCACACACCUAACCACAUCUUUCAUUUGCAUAGAGAUUCCAGAUUACACAUACUAGUGGUACAGGCUUUAUAUAAUUCUUCUGAAUCAAUAGUUAUCUCAUAGAUAUAUCCUUAUGCAAGUGUUUUCUGCAACUACUGGUGUUGUUACUGAAUCUGAUUUCUUGUCCCUACAUGUUUAAAUAUGUAUGUUUUAGUUACUGAGAAUACUAGUGUCUUACAGCAUGUAUUUCUUAUUUUUAGGUGGUGUUGGCAUUACUUGUUGGUUGGUGGUUUGUAACAAAGUUGUGGCCAUUAUGCUUCACCCUUUCAGCUGAGAAGGAUUCCUAGUUUCAGCAGACUUCUCAGUUUCUUGUGAAAUACAGCAUCCAUACAUUGUACCAUCUGGAAUGUACAUGCCUAUGAAAAGCAGGCAGGGUUUGGGAUUGAGUAAUAAAGCAUCAAUAAAUCUUAAUACAACAUUCUGUUAAUAUUUUAAUAUAUUGUAUUGUAUUGUGUAAAGUUUCUUUUCAGUUUAUAACCUGCAGUGCUGGGCAUAAGUUCUAUUUAGAUUGACAGUUGAUCAAUCCUAACCAUGGCUACUCAGAGUAAGUCCCAUUGAAUUCAGUGGGUCUUAAUUCUAGGUAAGUGAGGUUAGGAUUGCAGCCUAUGUGCAUGUAAUGGUUUUAAAGCCAUGUAGACAUUUUAAAAGUGAAAGGAAAAUAGCUUUUUAAAAUAAUGUGGUUCCUUUAAUUUUGUCCACAUUUGUUUCUCUAUUGUAAUUUCAGUGUUGUCAAAUAUGUUAUGAUUGACUGUUCACUACCACAGUACAGACAUAAUAUACCAUAGUUCACUAAGCUAGGAACAAGUGUCAAGUCCACAUUCUACCAACUUAGCAAUUCAAUCCUAGGAACUACAGGAUUGAAGCUUCAGCACUUCAAUCAUGGGAACUACAGUUCCCCAUUACAUCAGGCUAAGAUCUAAAAUGAGGAUCAGUUUAUGGUUUCAGAUUCCGGUUAGUAAGUUAUUAUGAAAUCACAGGUCCCCUAAAGGCAUGGUAUGAGGAGAGGGGAAGCACACAGGUCCAACAUUUUUUAUGGCCAGGAACUUUCCAGCUAAUCUAGCCCGUAUUCUGUUUUUGACUGUAUCUGCCUGAUAUCAAUUCCUUCCUUCUCUGAUUCUUUUUUAAGAAGAUUUUGAUUAGUAUCAAAAUAUUACUGGAAGGGUCUUUGCCUUAUGCAACAGUGGCUCUUUCUCCCCCUCUUGGCCACAUGCUGUGUUUUUGCUUAAAGAAUUCAGCAUGAUGCAUAUUUUAUUCUAGCCACUUGUGUGUAAGAAAUAGGAGGAGAUGUGAGAACUUACAUGUUAGAUAAAAUUUCCAAACAACCAUUGAACCAAAUAAACUUGCUGGAUAGGUUUGUGCUAAAUCUGUACCCAUUUGAUGACUGAAAGCUUUUUAGAUUCCCAUGUAGGGAAUAAUAUAGUUCUUAACACAAUGCUAUGGCUCCCUCUACUGCCCAGGUGAUCUGCUGGCUCUGUCUGCAGCACAUGUUCCUCUCCCACUUGUAUUGAGCCCAUGUCUGCUGCUUUAACAGAAUACUGUACCACUGAAGUGGUGCUGGUGUGCAGCUUCCCUGAUCCUAAGUGCUGUAGGUACAGUACAUCAUGGCAGUAAGAUCAAUCUCCUAUUUGUUAGGAACAGAUGAAAUGAUACAUUGUUGCAGUUGUGUGUGUUUAAUCAUACUGGGUCCUGUUGCAUAUAUUGACACCUCUUUGUACUAAUUAUGUUCAAUAUUUUGUGUUCUAAGAAGGAAAAUAAAAGAGAACAAAGUUGUGGGUAGCACAAUAUUUAAUAUUUAAAUUACCAAGAAUGUUUGAUUAGAGGAAGAGCUUUUAAUGGCUGUUUCGAAUGUUACCUGUUUUCCAUAUUUGGGGUUCAGUUACAAUAGUAAAAAACAAUAUGGAUAUCCAAUUAUAACCAUAGAAAUUACUGUAACCAACAUAUCUUCCUGCAGUGAGAAAUUUGUAUAGACAGAUGAAUUAGUCUGUGUAGUCUGAAGAUGGCCAAAUUUGAGAGUUAAUAAAAUAGGCCUUACUGUCAUUCUUCUUUCUGGCAACAGCCCCAUAACUUGCACCCAUUAUGUCUAUAUCAGAUUACACAAAUCAACAUGGCUGGGUCAAAAGCACCCCAUUUGAAGGCCACUUCAUCUAAGUAUUCACUUUCCUAACUGGGACCAUGUAGAUAAUUUGAAUCACUGCAUUCAUUUAAGAGGCUUUGUGGAAUGGAAUAAGUGAGAAAAGUUAUGCAGUGCCUCAUUUUUCUAUUGUAAAUACGCAUUAACUGUCUUUUUCCCCAAUAAGCUUUACCACCAAUGCCUAUUCAAUGCAAUUCUUUCCAAUGUAUUCUUAUUUAGAGCUCUAGUAAUAGACCUGUCAUUGUGCUUCAUUUUAAUUUUUAAAAAUGCACUGCAAUAUGAUGAUUUCAUUGUUAAAUAUAAACUGAUAACUUGCAUGCAUGUUUUCCUGCAAUGGAAUAUAAAAUGUCUACUACUUAUGGUAAAUGAAACUUUCUCUGGGGGGGGGGACCCAGUCUGCAGCAGUUAAUGAAUUAUUUUCAUAUACUGUGUGUGUUUUAAGCUGAAAAUAUUGUUAAAUUAUGGCAGUAAUUAUUUAAAGUUUUCCAGGAAGGCAAAUGUAUGGAAAACCUUUAUAUGGGCUUGUUUGGAAUCGCCACACUGCAAGCCAUCAUUGACUUGUGAAAUCUCAUAAGACUUUUCACUCAUCAAAGUUUUUUUUUCCUUAACUGCCUCUUUUAAAUUAAGUUUUGAGUGACUGUCCUUUAAGAUGCAGCUUGGACCAAAGAGUUCUUCCAUAAGAGUGGUUUUCUUUUCUGUUGAUACUGCAGGAAUGUGUUCUUUGCCAAGCGUCGACAUGGUGUCCUUUUGCCUUGUUUUGGUAACCUUACCAAAUGACGGUUCAUAGGCACUGCUUGAAUUUUCUGCCUUUAACUCAGGUAUUUCACCCUGGUGUCUAUUCACUUGUCUACUACUGCAGGUGGUGCUCGUGUUGGACAGUGGACCUGUUGAAGGGUAUCCUUGAUGCAAAUUUUCAACAGCUUCUGAAAAUACAUACUGUUUCUUUAAUGUGGAUGGUGUUUUGUAUCUUUGUGUUACUGUUUCCAUCUUAUCACAGCUCACUUGUUUUGGCUCAUUUUCUUGUUUUUCAGUUGCAACUUCUUCCUGGUUAUUCAUUUUUUGUUGGAUGUCAUGUGUGGACUCCAAUGCUUGGUCUGUCCUUAAUUUCUCAAACUCUUCUUUCAACAAGUUGAGCCUUUGUCUUUCUCUCCUGUUUUUCUGUCUUUCUAGGUUUUCACAUCUGAAAAGUUUUUCUGUAUUUGGACAUAUCUCUUCCCCUAAUAACUCUACAAAAGAAUAUUAUUAUUUCAACAGUAAAAAUUCUUAGAAGUCAGUCAAUAUUUUUAUAUCAUAAUUUUUAUAUUCAGACAGAAAUUAAAACACUAAAACAUUAAAACAGAUUUAGUAGCUACAAAUGACCUUAAACACAGAAUCAGCACCCUUAGCAAAUCAGCUUCUGGGAAUUCCCCACCCACUGCUUAGCUGAAUUCCAUGUGUCAGCUGAGAAGAGGUAGGUUGAGCAGAGGACAGAAGGGGCAGUGUGUAUGAUUGUGUUUAUAUGUUAAAUGAGUGACUGCCUGUCUGGUACUGUUCCUUUUGGGUCUGGCCCCAUCCAGCCUGGCUCAAGAGUAUUACACUAAAAUAAUCUGCCCUUUGGGCUGAAAAAAGACUUUACUGCUGCUGAAAGAUUUGCUAAAUCUGUAGACACAUCAGAUUCGAAAUACUGUUAAGAUACCUGUGCAUGCUAUAUUCGAAAUCUGUUGCAUUGUUAAUUUUUGAUUUUGAUGAACUUCUGUUUUUGAUUCCAUCUCUUUAUCCACAUCACAUAGUUUGUCUUUGCAAUUAAUAUCUUUGGUUGUCAACUCCUAAAGAAAUAAUAGAAAGAAAAACACAUAUAUGUCAGUUU